AUGAUGGCGUGCCCUUCGUCCAAAACUAGCCUAGUGCAGGCCAACCUCCACCACAGCGAAACUGCGUCGGCUCAAUUACGCAAGUGGUUGGAGGUUCAAAGGACUGCCAUAGCCUUAAUCCAGGAGCCAUGGGUUGGGGCUGGUAAAAUUAAAGGCCUAAACAACCUAAAAGGUAAGAUAUUCUACAGCUCUGAACACAACAAGCCUAGAGCGUGUAUUUACACUACUAAAGAUAUCUGUGCACAACCUUUAACAGAUUUCUGUUCUAGAGACAUGUAUGCCGUAGCAAUACAGUACACACAGGAGAGUAGAUUAGUCGUCGCCUCGGUCUACAUGCCGGAGGAAGAUACUCCUCCCCCUCAUGACCUCAGCAGGGUGGUGAACUUCUGCGAGAGGACCGGACUAGAGGUUGUGAUCGGGACGGACUCCAACGCACAUCAUCCCCUUUGGGGAAUGGAAAAACCAAAUGAACGAGCUAAACAGAACACGUCGGGAUCCAUGUCUCUAAAGAAACCCGACGGUAGCUACUCAACAUCGCCGGAUGAAGCCCAACGCAUCCUAAUUGAAACGCACUUCCCAGGUUGCUGCGUAACCCAGGAGGCAAACCGGCAUGACGACAUACUGACAUCAACAGCAGAAGACUGGAAUUUAGCACAGAGAGUGGUAACGAUGGACAAAAUCCAUUGGGCCAUUCAAAGUUUCCUCCCCUAUAAGGCGGCAGGACCCGACGGCAUAUUCCCGGCACUCCUACAGUGGGGGGGUAAAGCCCUAAUAGUCAGACUUGCUGCCAUAAUGCGAGCCUGUCUUGCUCUUAAAUAUGUUCCUAGGGGAUGGAGGGAAGUGAAAGUUACAUUCAUACCCAAACCAGGUAAGAGCGACUACACUGACCCUAAAUCCUACAGGCCCAUUAGCCUCACAUCCUUUCUCCUAAAGACGAUGGAGAGGAUGUGUGAAAGGGAAUUAAGGGGGUCGGCGCUAAUGAACUUACCACUACACGACAAGCAACACGCCUACAGUCUAGGCAAAUCAACAGAAUCGGCCCUUCAUAAGGUAAUUACAAAGAUUGAAGAGGCCAUCCAAAACAAAGAAAUAUGUCUAGGUUCCUUCAUAGAUAUAGAAGGUGCUUUUGACCGAACGAACUUCUCCAGCAUAAAAGGUGCACUCGGUAGACACAAAGUUGAACCGGCACUGAUCGACUGGAUAGUUUACAUGCUCAGUACACGAAUAAUAAAGAUUGCUGGUGAAUCUCAACCAAUCCAAAUUAAGAAAGGCUGCCCGCAGGGUGGGGUUCUCUCACCUCUCCUGUGGAAUAUGGUCAUUAAUGAACUCAUCAGCAAAUUAAAUAACAAUCACUUCUAUACAGUAGGUUAUGCUGAUGACCUGACAAUACUGGUCUCUGGAAAGACAGCAAGCAUAGUGUGCGACCUGACCCAAGCGGCUCUCCGUAUAGGCCUGUUGAGCUUCUUCGGAGAGAUCUCAUGGCUCGAAUAA